AUGAUCUAUCUUUUUUGCCAUCUUUUUUCUUUCCUUCAUAUCUUUUUUUUGCUUUUAUUUCUUUUUUAUCAAAGUUCCAGCUUGAUAUUUUUUUUUAGUAACUUUUUUUUUAUCUCCAUUCUUCCUCUAAUAGCCUUACUUUCUCUUUUUUAUCCUCUUUUUUCUACUUUUACUCGCCUCCAACAUUUCAUCUUUUUUUUUUUUAACCAACAGAUUUUGUGUUUCCUUUCUCUUUUCACCGACACAUUUUGCCUUUCCAUUUGCUAUUCUCCAACACAUUUCGCCUUUCCAUUCGCCAACAGAUUUUGUGUUUCGUUUUUCUUUUCACCAACACAUUUUGCCUUUCUGUUUGCUGUUCUCCGACACAUUUCACCUUUCCGCUCGCAGAUACAUUUCAUCUUUCCACUUGCCGACACAUUUUGCCUUUCUGUUUGCUGUUCUCCGACACAUUUUGCCUUUCCGCUUGCAGAUACAUUUCAUCUUUCCACUUGCCGACACAUUUUGCCUUUCCGCUCACCGACACAUUUCGCCUUUCCAUCCGCCAACAGAUUUUGUGUUUCCUUUUCACUAACACAUUUUGCCUUUCUGUUUGCUGUUCUCCGACACAUUUCGCCUUUCCGCUCGCAGAUACAUUUCGUCUUUCCACUCGCCGACACAUUUUGCCUUUCCAUUCGCCAACAGAUUUUGUGUUUCCUUUUUCUUUUCACCAACACAUUUUGCCUUUCUGUUUGCUGUUCUCCGACACAUUUUGCCUUUCCACUUGCAGAUACAUUUCAUCUUUCCACUCGCCGACACAUUUCGCCUUUCCAUCCGCCAUCACAUUUCACAUUUCCACUGUCAUUUACCAACACAUUUCAUAUUUCCUUUCUUCAUUUACCAACAUAUUCCUUUUACCUGUUUCUCUUACUUUCUUCUACCAUUUGA